AUGGUCUUGGAUGAAUCAAGAAGAGCGAGUAUAGGCCCAUUCGGAGUCCAGAAAGAACUCGCAACACCACCUUCUCCCCUUGAGUCUCAGUUUCCACCACAUUCGACACAAGUCAAGGUGGAAAAAAUUGAUUUUAAUGUUGAUGAAGAGAUGGGCAGCAAACGAACAUUUUGGACAGAUAAAGCUUUUUGGAAGCGUAUCGGAGAUUACUACAACAAGACUUGGCCUAAUGGAACUAAGAAGAGGGAUUUCAUGGCGCUAAAGUCACAUUUCUAUGGGUAUUAUUCGUCGGCAAACGAAUUUGGUUCAAUGUACAAUAAUUUUUGGGAGAAUCGUCAAAGCGGUGAGAGUAACGAAGAUAUACUUGUAAAAACACAUAUGAAGUGGAAGGACAUGCAUAAGAACAUGCCUUUUAAAUAUGAACAUGUGUGGAGAAUUUUGAAAGAGCAAGUGAAAUGGGCUUCACAAUCAGAGGGUCAUCGUGUAGGAAAAAAAGCAAGGACAUUUGAAUCAGGGACACACACAUCCUCGUCCAACCCAAAUGCUAGUGCUGAUGCGGAUGACUGUGAAGCGCGCAAGCGUCCAAUUGGGCAAAAGGCGGCAAAGAAGAAGGAUAAAAUCAAUCAUGCAGUGGUAGAAAUAAUGGAACAAAGCAUUGGCAACAUGAGCAACAUGUGGAAGGAAUUCAAAGGUAUUCAACAAGACAAAGUUAGGAAGAUAGAUGAAUUCCAUAACAACGAGAAAGUUGCAGAAUCUGAAGCAUUUCGAUGUGAUUAUGAAAUCAUGAUGAGGGAUACUUCAAGAAUGAUAAAGUAA